AUGGACCUAUGCUCCCUCCCGAAUGAUAUACUGAUUUUGAUCGCCGAGUCGCUGGAGGAACGCAAUGACCGUCUCAGCCUCGCCCGUUGCUGCCACCAUUUCCACGAUGUGUUGAUGCCCGUUGCGUUUACCAACAUCGAUGUUCAGUCAAACUGCCCGUUCGUGCUUAGCUGCCUUGUCCAUCUCAUCCUACGCAAUCCACGGUAUGGUGAAAGUGUCCGGUCGCUUAAUCUGGCAUUUUGGCUGUGCGAUCACCCCUUGAAAUGCAGAUUUAAAAGGAAGCUGAUGCUCGGGGCUAUUCGGCGUCUGACACAGAAUGAGGAGGACAUCGAAGCUUGGGAGAACUGCCUGCGCGACAAGCCCGAGACUGGGGGUUGGGGACAAGCCGACGGAUGGAGGGCAAUGUUGUUGACCCUAGUCCCAAACUUGGAAGUUCUCAGCAUACAUGGGGAGUUGGUUUCGGCACUUCGUGGGAAGAUAGUGACAAGGGCGUCCCGUGGAGAAAAACCAUUCAAUACCGUGCCGGUUUUGGGUCACUUGAGAGAGGUCAACCUUAGGGGAUGGCUAGAGCAUGCGCCCGCAUCCUUGGAGGAUGAUAUAAUACCCUUUCUCACUUUUCCGACCAUGCGUGAGCUCUCAUUGACGGAACUAUACGACGACGGCAAAUGCGAAGACAACGAGCUUCCAACUGAAUCUGGGAUCUCUAAGCUGGCGUUUUGGGAAAGUAAUUCGCAGACUGGUUUUCGCAGCAUUGUUCGGGCUUGCAAGGAACUGAAGAACUUUGCCUACGUGCACAGAAUGGAUUCUGAGGGCCAGAAUCCGCUCAACCCUACUGGAAUUUACGAGACUUUACUUCACCACGUCAAUAGUCUCGAGCAUAUCGUGGUCUCUUAUGAUAUCAAACAGGAGGCUUCUGAUCCUAAAGAAGAUGCGUUCCUUGGCUCCCUCAAUCGGUUUACCCGCCUCAAGCAACUGCGUAUACGCGCCACCAAUUUGCUUCCAUGGGACUCAGUGAACAAGUGCUUUGAAGAUUGCCUAAUGGGGGUGCUACCCCCUUCUCUCGAGUUGCUCGACAUAGAUGACUGUCACAGAACCCCGAAUCCCGUGGCCCUUGUUGAACAAUUCGAAGAUUUCUAUCGCAAUUCCGACGCAGGAUCUUACGACAUUAAGUGUUUGACGAUCUGCGGUGCCUUUCUCGAAUGGCAUUCGGGCACCCCUGAUGGUAGGCGAGGUGGUGGACCGCCGAAGGAGUUCUGGAUGCGUCUUGGUGCCCGUCUUACCACGGCAGUUGGGAGCGGGUGUUUCUUAAUCGUAGACGCCAAUGCCUUGAAAGAAUAUGGGAAUGGUUUGGUACCCAAAUGGUGCUAUCGGCCAAAUGCCUUCCGCGGCACUUAG